CUAAACCUCCACACAGAAGCAAAAUGGCCGAUAGUAAACUAACCGAUCGUACAGCGUCUGACAGUCAUCUAGGGGUUAUGCAUGUUUUGUUUACAGUUUGAGAACUACAGUCGCGCAAAAAAGGAUACUCGCCUUUCUUCAUUUUUUCUACUAUUAACAUUUCGCCUAUCGGUGAUGUCAUUUCUUAUUCAAUUUAGCCUUGAAAGCCUCGAAGAACUAGCUUGCUAGGCUAGCUACCUUGCUAGCGGUAGGUCUGCAAGAAUUUUUGCACAGAAGCACUUUAUGUCCUACGUGAUUCCCGAGACAGGAGAAUCAAGAAGGGGAACAGUAGUUCAUGGAAGACAAGAAAAAGAAGAAAGAAGAGAAAAAGAAAAGGGAAACCUCUCAGAAGGUGCCAGACCAGAAAGUCAAAGUGCCAGAAUCAGCCAAGCCCUCCUCUUCCCAGCCGCUCACCACCCCAGGCUCAGUGUCCCCCAGCCCUGGCCCUGUAUCUCCCUCUUCCCCCAGUCCUGGUGCAGGUGGGGUCUCUUCCCAAGUCCCUCCUGGUGGUGGGAACAAUGCAAAGCAGCGGACUGCUGUGGCCAACGGACAGCCCUCCUCCUCUCCCUCUGGAAGUCAAACCCCCCAGCAGCAGCGAUACAUGUCUAGAGAGGUCCCACCAAGAUUUCGCUGCCAGCAGGACCAUAAAGUGCUACUGAAGAGGGGCCAGCCACCGCUGUCCUCCAUGCUGCUGGGGGGAGGAGGAGGAGGGGAAGGGGGCACAGGAGGAGGCAGUGGCUGGGUUGCUGCCCCGUCCUCACAAGGAGCAGAUAACCCCAAUGCAAACGCAGAUUCCAACCUGGGUUCAUCUUGCCCUUCACCCCCCAACUCAUCCUCAUUAUGUAUUGCUCUGUCGUCUUCUACUACUUCUUCAACUUAUGCAAAUUCCACAUGGGGGGCAGGCUCUGGCAGCCAGUCCUCUUCUCAGGGCUGCGGGAAGGUGAUUGUGGAUGGGACUGACCUGGAGGACUGGCCCACCAUCACAGGCGGGGCCAAAUUAAGUUCUGAUGGGGCUGGAGGAGAGAUGCCCGAGCAAGACUGCCCCAGUAACAACAGUAGUGCCUCAUGGGGUGAGAGAAACAUCCAGCAGAAGGGAGGAACAGUAGGAGGAGCAGGGAACAUGGACAAUCCUUCCCCACCUCGUUCUUCUCCUCUUUCCUCUUCCUCGCUUAAUGAAUGUGCUCAGUCGGGUGGUGGCGCAUGGGUCUCUUCUUCCUCAUCCCAAGUAGAGGCAGGGCUAGGAUCAGCAGCAUUUUACAAUUCCAAAGUUUCCCAUCUACUUCCUGGGUCUCAGGAGAGCCCUGCAGGUGGCAGCAGCAGUGUCCCUGGUGCCAACUUCAACCCCAAUGUGAACCCCUCUGCUUGGCCCGCCUUAGGGCAGAGUGGAACUCCCACAUCAGCCAGUGAUGGCCUCCCACUGCGCUCAUCCAUUACUUCAGCUUCCUCAUUCUCUGCCAGCACCACCCUCAUCACCACUCAAACACCUUCAUCUGUGAAUCAAACUGGUCUCUACCAGCAGCACACUGAAACAGCUGGGGGAGCCAGGAGUGGAGAACAGCAGCAGCACUUAGGAAACCCAGGGCCAGAUAUGGGUUCAAGCGGGGAAGCAGGAGAAGCAGGACCAAAUCAGGAAGAUGGCAGCGAGGGGAGCUCUGCGGUUGUUAAUGAAGUAGAGGGGAGUGAUAAUCUUUCUAGCUCUUUGUCUUCCUCUUCUGCUGCCUCUUCUUCUUGGAAAUCCAUGCCUCCAGUGCCCUCUGAACUCAGUAUAGAUGCCUCACAGGCUGAUGGGUGGGGUGGAGGAGGAACUGGAGCUCAGGGGCAGGAAGGGAAUGUUUGGGGCUUUAAUAGUCAGGAUGACAAGGCAGGGUGGAGCAGGGGGAAUAGUGGGGGAUCAACUACCCCGGUGGUAUCUCAGGGAGUGUGGAAAGGAAGCAGUUCAGAAGGAGAUUGGGGUGGCACUGCAGAAGGUGGAAGUCUAGGUAAUUUAGCAAUAGGAAGUGGAAGAGGAGGAGAUGGGAGCAGCAUCGGCAGUAGUGCAGGCAGUGUAGGUGUUGGUGGCAGCAGCUUAGAGGACUCUGCCUCACCAAAGUUUGCAACUAUGACAAAAGCUUGGGACAAUCAGAAAGGGGCAGAAAGUGGGGAAGGGACGGUUGGGGAUUGGGCUGGAGGAGAAGGACAGGGUGGAGGCACUGGAGGUGGAGGGCCCUCUUCUAGUGGAGGUGGAUCCAUAGCUGAAAGUGGUGAUAGCGAAAAUAAGCAGGAGCACUCCUCUUCUGUACUCCAUCACCCCCAGCAGUCGUCCGGUGCUGACGUGGCCUUACUUAGCAUGCUCAAUCGAUCUGAUCUGGACCCCAGGGUUCUGUCUAACACAGGCUGGGGUCAGACCCAGAUACGACAGAAUGUGGCAUGGGACCUGGACACAAAAGGAGCAGGAAACAGAAAUGAAAGGAACCCCUCAUCUUCCUCUGCAUUCUCAUCAACAACCAUGAACACUACCACUAGUCGCAGUCCUAGAUACCCAUCUAACACUGGUUCAGUAUCUAAUGAUACAUCUGCUGGUGGUCACACAACCAGCCUAAACUCCGGUUCUGCUACAGCUAGAGAUGGUUGGGAUGGUGGGGCUGUACAGUCCGCCGAUGGUCCUUUUAUGCCCAGUAGCACUAUAAGAAAGUCAGAAUUGUCAGAAGACGAUAUGGAGGGCAGCCAGGGAAAGACAGCUGGAGGAUGGGGCGAUCUCCCCCCUGAAAGCCAGGGGAAAGAAUGGAGGACUGAUGGACAGCAAUGGGGAGAUCACAGAGGAGGAAACUGGAGAGACUUUGGAGAACAGGAUAGUGGGUGGCGGGAAAGUUCAGAGAAUAAAGGAACAGGGGGAUGGAAAGGGUCUACAAGAGGAGAGACGGGUGGUUGGAGAGAAGAUUGGACACAGAGAGACUCUGCUCCUGGAGGUGGGUGGGGGGAUGGGAAAAGUAGAAGUGGAAGCAACUCUGAUGAGGGAUCCUCCUGGGGAAAUUUGGAUGAGGGAGGAACUAAACGAGGAGGAUGGGGAGGAGGAGGAGAUGUGGGUGGAGGCAAAUCCCACCAAGACUGGGGGAAUGCCAAACCCCACGCAGCAGCAGCACAGAUGCCAAACAGCCAAGUGGCACCAAUGAAAGCCCCAAAUCAACAGCAACAGCAAUCACAGGGCCAGCAGCCACCAGGAGGACCCAUGCAAGGAGGCUGGAACAGCCGGUCAGGUGUUGUAGGUGGAGGUCCACCUUCCAAGAAUCAGAACCAAAGUUCGGGCUGGACCUCAGGUCCAAUCCCCCAAAUCUCUGGGGGUGGAGGUGAUUCCCUGGAGCCUAGUGGUUGGGAAGAGCCUUCCCCUCAGUCCAUCAGUCGCAAAAUGGAAAUUGAUGAUGGCACAUCAGCCUGGGGAGACCCAACACGCUACAACACCAAGAAUGUGAAUUUGUGGGACAAGAACAGUGCGAUGUCAGGCCAAAGUCACAGUCAGCAGGCUCCACCACCACCCAUGCAGCAACAACCUCCAAGAAGACAGCAGGGGGUGCAGCACAGCACUAACACAAACCCUGGCAAUGGUGCAGUGGGUAUGUGGGGAGGAGGUGCACCAAACGUGGAUAAUGGUACAGCUGCCUGGGGCCAAACAUCAGAUGCACCCUCAAGCUGGGGUGAACCAGAUGAGCCCAGCAAAGCAUCUAGCUGGAGGAACCCUUCACCCAACCCUGUUAAACCUGUAACUAAGUCUAUUGAAAGCUGGGGUGGGAAGGGCGAUGGCUCCAUUUCGGCAUCCAGGCACCCCAGCUGGGAAGAGGAAGAUGAUGGUGGUGGAGGGGUCUGGAACAGUACUGGCUCCCAAGGAAGCAGCUCUUCUUUUAACUCUGGAGGCUGGGGUCAGACUCAUGGGGGAAAAAGAGGCAACAUCAAGAGUGGAGCAGGAGACAGCUGGAUGAAUCCAGUGUCACGGCAGUUUUCAAACAUGGGUCUUCUGGGUGAUGAUCCAGGUGUUGACAAAAAGAUGGAAGGAGACAAGAGAGGAAUAAAUGAUUAUAAUGGAGAGAUGCGGAGAGGAGGAAGAGGUUUUGGAGGAUACCGAAUGCCUAGUUCCAAAGACAUGGGCCCUAUUGACAUGGGGUCGUAUGGUGAAAAGGUGGGUGGCCAUGGAGUGUUUGUUGGCGGUGGAGGAGGGAUGUCUCAGCCUCGAGGGAUGCACCAACCUGGCAUGCAUCCCAUGAACCCCUCUCAGGGGUUACGUGCUCAAGUGCCUCAUCAGUUCCUGUCUGCUCAGGUGCCGAGUCCUAUGCUGAAGCAGAUGCCCUCUCCUGGUGGCAGUGUGGGUGGAGUAGUCGGAGGAGUAGGAGGUGUCAGUGGCGUUGGUAGUGUCGGAGGGGUUGGCGGUGUUGGCGGAGGAGUGUUCCCUCCUCAGAUUUCCCCACAGCAGCUAGCAAUGCUCAGCAACAUUUACCCCCACGUGCAGCAGUUCCAUCUGGCUUGUCAGCUUCUGCUACAGCAGCAGCAACAGCAGCAGCUUCUACAGAACCAGCGGAAGUUCCCUCAACCUCAGCCUCUCAGGCAGCAGGCAGACCCCCAGCAGCUGGCAAGGAUUAUGGCUAUUCUACAACAGCAGAGGCAGCAUCAGCAGGGUGGAGUUGCAGGAGCAACAACAGGAGGAGGAAGCUCCAAACUUUCCCCAUCUCAUCUGGGAGGAGGCCUAUCCAAGCAGGCCAUGGUAGACCCCCUUCCACACCCUGGAAUGGGCGGUCCCUUAUCAGACCUUCAUGCCAAAACACAAGGGAUGUAUGCUGGGCUUACACCUGGUGGCAACCUGUCGUCACUGGAGCUCAGUCCCAUGAUGGGAGGGAUGAAGGACAUCGGUGGACAGCAGUCCCGUUUCAAAUGGAUGAUGGAGGGACAUUCCCCGACUCCCUCUCCCCCUGACACAACCCUUCACAAGAAUGGCCCCUUACCUAGUGCGAUUAAGGUUAGAGGAGGGUCCCCUUUCUCCCAGUAUGACAUGCUGGGUGGUGAAAGUUUAGGGAUUCCACCUCAAGGCUCUGCAGAUAACUGGCACAGAACUCCUGGGAGUAAAAUGGGGAACAAACCUGCCACGUCUAGCUGGCCUCCAGAGUUCCAGCCUGGUGUGCCAUGGAAAGGAAUACAAAGUAGUGGAGACCCAGAAUCUGAUCCCUACAUGACCCCUGGUAGUGUUCUUGGCUCCCCUGGAUCCCCAAACCUCAAUGACCCUGACCACCAGUUACUAAGAGACAACAUAGGGCCAAACCCCUCUCUCAACACCUCGCUGCCUUCACCUGGUGCCUGGCCCUACAGUGCCUCGGACAGCUCCCUCAGCAAUGCACACAGCACAGGAAAGUACUCAGAGUACAAGCCCAGCUGGCCUCCAGAGCCCAUCGGACAAAACAAGUUGUGGAGGACCAAUCGCAACAGCUCACAGCUGCCACGCCCCCCACCUGGACUAACCAAUCAAAAGCAGGCCUCGCCCUCCCCAUGGGGUACUGGAGGUCCACGGUUGGCCCGAAGCUGGGGAGGGGGUGGGAUCAAUCAAGAGUCAAGAUUUGGGCCAGGCUCAGCUUGGAGUGACGGUGUUGCCUCCAGAGGCAGCUGCUGGUUGCUGCUGAGUAACCUGACUCCUCAGAUUGAUGGCUCCACGCUGAGAACUAUCUGUAUGCAGCAUGGCCCCCUGCUCACCUUCCACCUGGGCCUUACCCAGGGCAGCGCUCUGAUUCGUUACAGCAGCCGGCAGGAAGCAGCCAAGGCUCAGGGGGCACUGCACAUGUGUGUUUUGGGAAACACCACAAUCCUGGCGGAAUUUGUGAGUGAAGAAGAAGUUGCACGCUAUUUUGCACAUUCCCAGGCAGGAGGGACAGAAGGGGCCAGCUCAGGAGGAGCAGCAGGCAGCGGGGUGCCUGGUUCAUCUGGAACGGGCACAGCUGUAGCCAGCAGCGGGGGAAGCUCCCCGGGGAGUGAGCGGGCAGCAGUGGGUGCAUCUUCAGGUGGAAAUGGGAAUGGCGGUGGAGGAGGGGAAAGUGGAGCAGUGAUUCUACCUGGCGUGAGAGCCUCUGGCUCUGGCUGGCAGAGCCUUGAUGGUACAGGCACUUCUUCGGAAACCUCUUCAGCCCAAGGACCUGGGCUGGGGAUAUUUUCCCAGUGGAGCACCAACGGGGCAGGGGAGGGAGGGGUUGUUGGUGGAGUAGAGACUGGGAGAUCUGGGCUGUGGGGAGGUAUGACUGCUGGAUACCCAGGCAGCAGCCUGUGGGGAGCACCACAAAUGGAGGAAAGGCACCAAUUGGACAGCCCUGCCGGAUUGUUGCCUGGCGACCUGCUGGGGAGAGGGGCUGAUUCGAUCUGAUGAGGACCCCUGCCCCACCCACCCCCCCCUCCAUUUGUAUGUGUUGCUUUGGACACACUGAUACAGCAUACACUGGGAUACAUAUGUACUUACUAUGGCACACACAUACAUUUACAUGGUAUGCAUAUUAAUAUACCACAUACAUGUACAUGCAUACACAUACAUAGUAUGCAUAUAAAUGUGCACACAUAAAGCAGAAAUGUGAGACAUGCUUACACACAUUCUCAUGGCCAGACUUAAGCUAUUAUAAAAAACAAAUGCAGGGACUGUUAGAUGUGUACACAGCCUUUUUCCACAGAUGAAGAUUUCAACUGCUUAGACUUGAAACCUGAAAAAGAAUGAAAAGUCAGUUAGUCUGAAAGACUUGACCGGAUUGCAAUGUGCUUAGUAAAUAGGGGACUUUUCAACAGAUUUACAUAAACAUGCACACACCAAAUACAGCGAAGCCUUCAGACAGACAGGCACUGUAAACAGCAUUACCUUCAUCGUAUAUGAGAACUUAAAAACUACUACAUGAUGUGAGGUUUAAAAGUGCAGUUUGUAUUCACGUCCCCUUAAAGACGGAGAUUGAAUCCAAACACAUGCAAACAGCUCUGAUUGACAACAGAACUGUAUCUUACUGUGUAUGUUGAGUUUUUUUCUGUUUGUAUGUAUGGUUUUAAUUUUUGAACAGUGAAAAUAUUGAAAAAUGUCAUUGUUCUGUUUUCGAAAUGCUGACCUCCUACUGUUGUAUCUCACGCACUCUUUCUCUGUUAUUCUUUCUUGAACAUGUUUGUUACUGUUGCAGUGAUAAAUGUUAAAUUGCUGGCAGAUUUAGGCCAUGAUGCAUUUCUCCACGUGUCGAAGCUGUGUGCAGUAUCGUACACGCUACGUGAGUAUGAGUGAGGCUGAGACCAAGUAAGUGGAUUAAACCACCGCAGUUCUGUGUGUGUGUGUGUGUGUGUGAGUGAGUGAAUGUGAGGAUAAUGUGUGUGUGCAUGUUAAUGCCUGUCAUAAUGUGCGCAAGGCUGCUUACUAUACAGAAGGUCUAUACAAAAAUGUUUUGAGUGCAUUCGGUAUACUGCUGACUGUGUUAAGAAAUAUAGGCACUAAUGCUUUUUUUCUGUUAUUUGAAGUUUUUCUCUUUUUUUUUUUUUUAAAAGCAAAGUUGUCUUUUUUAUUGUCUGACCUGCAAUAAUAAUAAAAAAAAAACAUUUUAAUGACACAAAGAGUUGAAGGCAUAUGCGUUUAGAAAAUGGACAUGCCAAAUCUUAUCAAACUGUGUGGAUUGGGGGGGGAGGGAUGGGGUGGGUUGUUUACAGUUACAGAGUAAGCGUUACCGUACGUUUUUAAUGUUUUGUUGUUGUGUAUUCGUUUUAAAUUAAGACAGGCUUUAACACUCCUGUUCAGUGUUUUUGUUUUGAGAUUUUACAAAGGAAAAAUUUAUUUAAACAAUGAGAACAAGAUUAAUAAAGAUGAAAGUAUUGGCUUCUAAA